CAAAAACGUAGUUUCACCACAUUUCGCGGGGCAGCCAUAAGCAAAAGGACGCGAGUGCUUCGUCACGAAGAUUUUCGAGUCCAGUUUUUUAUUUUUUGGAUUUGUACGCAAUUUUACGUAUACAGAGGAAAAAACACCGAAACAUUGUUCCUGGUUGUGCAGGAAACCGAUUGCUGGCAUUUUUGCUAGCUGAUUCAUUGACGAGAGGAAGAAAAAACAACCCUACUUCGUAGUUGAGUGAAGGUUUCAAAAUGAACGGCGAUUCGAAGGCUCCGAUUCGGACGGUGAAAAGGGUGCAGUUUGGUAUCCUUUCGCCGGACGAAAUUCGUCGCAUGUCCGUUACUGAGGGUGGCAUCCAAUAUGCGGAAACGAUGGAGGGCGGACGACCGAAGCUGUGUGGUUUGAUGGAUCCCAGGCAAGGUGUAAUCGAACGAACAUCGCGUUGUCAGACAUGUGCGGGAAACAUGACCGAAUGCCCAGGCCACUUUGGACACAUCGAUCUUGCGAAGCCAGUGUUUCACAUUGGUUUUGUCACGAAAACUAUCAAAAUUCUACGUUGUGUUUGUUUCUACUGUUCGAAAAUGUUGGUUGCACCGAGCAACCCCAAAAUCAAGGAAAUUGUUAUGAAAUCGAAAGGACAGCCGCGGAAGCGCCUUGCCUAUGUUUACGAUCUCUGCAAAGGUAAAAAGAUUUGCGAGGGUGGUGAGGAUAUGGAUAUCACAAAAGAAGGUGCACCACCGGAUCCGAACAAGAAACAAGGACACGGCGGUUGUGGUCACUAUCAACCAUCGCUUCGGAGAACCGGCUUGGAUGUGAUCGCCGAGUGGAAGCAUGUGAAUGAAGAUUCACAGGAGAAAAAGGUUGCCGUCACAGCUGAGCGCGUGUGGGAAAUUUUGAAACAUAUCACCGAUGAAGAAUGUUAUGUGUUGGGGAUGGAUCCAAAAUUUGCACGGCCAGAUUGGAUGAUUAUCACGGUACUGCCAGUGCCUCCGUUGGCUGUGCGACCGGCCGUUGUCAUGUUUGGUGCUACAAAGAAUCAAGACGAUUUAACCCACAAACUGUCCGAUAUUAUAAAAGCCAAUAAUGAGUUGAAAAAGAACGAAGCAACUGGAGCGGCUGCCCAUGUUAUUGCGGAAAAUAUCAAAAUGUUACAGUUCCACGUUGCGACCCUGGUUGAUAACGACAUGCCCGGUAUGCCGAAAGCCAUGCAGAAGAGUGGCAAGCCUCUAAAGGCAAUCAAAUCGCGCUUGAAGGGUAAGGAAGGUCGUAUUCGUGGUAAUCUUAUGGGUAAGCGUGUGGACUUCUCGGCUCGUACUGUCAUUACCCCGGAUCCGAAUCUACGUAUCGAUCAGGUCGGAGUUCCGCGUUCUGUCGCGCAGAACAUGACCUUUCCGGAGUUGGUUACCCCGUUCAAUAUUGAUAGAAUGCAAGAGUUGGUCCGCAGAGGAAAUUCUCAAUAUCCUGGAGCAAAGUACAUUGUCCGUGAUAACGGCGAACGUAUCGAUCUUCGGUUCCAUCCAAAAUCGAGUGAUUUGCAUCUUCAGUGUGGCUACAAGGUGGAACGACAUCUUCGGGACGGAGAUUUGGUGAUUUUCAACCGUCAGCCCACUCUACACAAAAUGAGUAUGAUGGGUCAUCGUGUCAAAGUACUUCCGUGGUCAACAUUCCGGAUGAACCUCAGCUGUACCUCCCCGUACAAUGCAGAUUUCGAUGGAGACGAAAUGAAUCUCCACGUGCCACAGUCUAUGGAGACUCGUGCCGAGAUCGAGAACAUCCACAUUACACCCCGACAGAUCAUCACUCCACAGGCGAACAAACCCGUCAUGGGUAUUGUGCAGGAUACGCUAACAGCCGUGAGGAAAAUGACGAAACGUGAUGUGUUUCUGGAGAAGGAACAAAUGAUGAACCUGUUGAUGUUCUUGCCCACGUGGGACGGUAAGAUGCCUCAGCCGUGUAUUUUGAAGCCGAAACCACUCUGGACGGGGAAACAAAUCUUUACGCUCAUUAUUCCUGGUAACGUGAACAUGAUACGUACCCACUCGACACAUCCGGACGAGGAAGAUGAUGGUCCGUACAAAUGGAUCUCGCCGGGUGACACGAAGGUUAUGGUAGAGCAUGGUGAACUUAUCAUGGGCAUUCUGUGCAAGAAAACCCUCGGUACAUCGGCCGGUUCUUUGCUUCACAUCGUUUUCCUAGAGCUGGGACACGAAAUCGCUGGUCGCUUCUAUGGUAAUAUUCAGACAGUGGUCAACAAUUGGCUCCUGUUGGAGGGUCACAGUAUCGGUAUCGGUGACACCAUUGCCGAUCCUCAGACGUACGCGGAAAUUCAGCGUGCCAUCCGAAAGGCCAAGGAGGAUGUCAUAGGCGUCAUCCAGAAGGCCCACAACAUGGAGCUGGAACCAACGCCCGGUAACACGCUUAGGCAGACUUUCGAGAAUCAGGUGAAUCGUAUCCUGAACGAUGCUCGUGACAAGACUGGUGGCUCUGCCAAGAAAUCUCUGACUGAGUACAAUAACUUGAAGGCUAUGGUGGUGUCCGGUUCGAAGGGGUCCAAUAUUAACAUUUCUCAGGUUAUUGCCUGCGUGGGUCAGCAGAACGUUGAAGGCAAACGGAUCCCGUUCGGGUUCCGCAAGCGCACCCUGCCCCAUUUCAUCAAGGAUGAUUACGGUCCCGAGUCGAGGGGCUUCGUGGAAAACUCGUACCUUGCCGGGCUGACACCGACCGAGUUCUACUUUCACGCCAUGGGAGGUCGCGAGGGUCUCAUCGAUACCGCCGUAAAGACUGCCGAAACCGGUUACAUUCAGCGUCGUCUGAUCAAAGCUAUGGAGUCGGUGAUGGUUAACUACGACGGGACGGUGCGUAACUCGGUCGGACAGCUGAUUCAGUUGCGUUACGGCGAGGACGGGCUGUGCGGGGAGACGGUAGAGUUCCAGAAUCUGCCCACGAUCAAACUGUCGAACAAGGUUUUCGAGAAGAGAUACAGAUUCGAUCCGACCAAUGAGCGAAAUCUGAGACGAAUUUUCAACGAGGAUGUUAUCAAAGAUUUGACCGAAUCGGGAGAAGUCAUACAGGAAAUUGAGGCUGAAUACGAGCAACUUCUGCGGGAUCGAGAAGCACUGAGACAAAUUUUCCCCAACGGCGAAUCUAAGGUUGUAUUGCCCUGUAAUCUGCAGCGAAUGAUUUGGAACGUGCAGAAGAUUUUCCACAUAAAUAAGAGAGCACCCACAGAUUUGUCCCCUCUUAAGGUUAUCCAGGGGGUCCGAGAUUUGCUCCAGAAGUGUGUCAUUGUGGCCGGCACGGAUCGACUGUCGAAGCAAGCCAACGAAAACGCUACUCUGCUGUUCCAGUGUUUGGUUCGUUCGACGCUGUGCACAAAAUACGUUGCCGAAGAGUUCCGUUUGAAUAACGAAGCGUUUGAGUGGUUGAUUGGAGAAAUCGAGACACGUUUCCAGCAAGCACAGGUAAAUCCGGGCGAAAUGGUUGGUGCGUUGGCCGCACAGUCACUCGGCGAACCCGCUACCCAGAUGACACUGAACACUUUCCAUUUUGCUGGUGUGUCCUCGAAGAACGUAACCUUGGGUGUACCCAGGUUGAAGGAAAUCAUCAAUAUUUCGAAACGCCCGAAGGCUCCCUCCCUAACGGUGUUCCUAACCGGUGGUGCCGCUCGCGAUGCUGAGAAGGCUAAAAAUGUACUCUGCCGGCUGGAGCACACAACGCUCCGGAAGGUCACCGCCAACACGGCUAUAUACUACGAUCCCGAUCCUCAACGGACGGUGAUUGCGGAGGAUCAGGAAUUCGUUAAUGUGUACUACGAAAUGCCUGACUUCAAUCCAACCAGAAUUUCGCCCUGGUUGCUACGUAUCGAACUGGACCGGAAGAGGAUGACAGAUAAGAAAUUGACCAUGGAACAGAUUGCGGAGAAAAUCAAUGCUGGGUUUGGAGAUGAUUUGAACUGUAUAUUUAAUGACGAUAACGCUGAUAAGUUGGUUUUGCGAAUCCGUAUCAUGAACAACGAAGACAACAAAUUCCAGGAUAAUGAAGAGGAGAAUAUGGAUAAAAUGGAGGACGACAUGUUCUUGAGAUGCAUUGAAGCGAAUAUGUUGUCGGACAUGACACUGCAGGGUAUCGAAGCUAUUGGAAAAGUGUAUAUGCAUUUGCCCCAAACUGAUGCUAAGAGGAGAAUCGUUAUCACACCGGAGGGAGAAUUCAAAGCCAUUGGUGAAUGGUUGCUGGAAACUGACGGUACAUCGAUGAUGAAAGUGUUGAGCGAACGAGAUGUAGAUCCUGUGCGCACUGCUAGUAACGAUAUUUGCGAAAUCUUCCAAGUGUUGGGUAUUGAAGCUGUACGAAAGUCGGUUGAAAAGGAAAUGAAUAACGUUUUGCAGUUCUACGGUCUGUAUGUAAACUAUCGACAUUUGGCCUUGCUUUGCGACGUUAUGACAGCUAAAGGUCACUUGAUGGCCAUCACACGUCACGGUAUCAACAGACAGGAUACUGGUGCUCUGAUGAGAUGUUCCUUCGAGGAAACGGUAGAUGUGUUGAACGACGCCGCUGCGCAUGCUGAGGUAGAUCCAAUGAGAGGCGUGUCGGAAAAUAUUAUCAUGGGACAAUUGCCCAGAAUGGGAACGGGUUGUUUCGAUCUGUUGCUAGACGCAGAGAAGUGUAAAUUGGGUAUGGAAAUUCCCCACACAUCAAUCAUGGGCGGUUCUGGAAUGUUCUUUGGACCUGGAGCGACUCCAAGUAUGAGUCCGGCUAUGACACCCUGGCAACAAUCACAAACUCCCGGCUAUCCAGGAUGGUCUCCUACGGGUCCACCCAGUGGAAUGACUCCCGGUGGGCCUAGCUUCUCACCAUCAGCACAAUCCGAUGCUUCGGGAAUGUCCCCUUCGUGGUCACCAAGACCAGGUUCUCCGAGUUCUCCCGGACCAGCGAUGUCACCAUAUUUCGCAUCUUCUCCAAGUGCAUCUCCAUCAUACUCACCGAGCAGUCCGAAUUACGCUGCAACCUCGCCGGGUGGUGCAUCUCCUGGUUAUUCUCCAACCAGUCCAAGCUACUCACCAACAAGUCCACAUUAUUCACCCACAAGCCCACGAUAUUCGCCAACCAGUCCCAAUUAUAGUCCAACGUCACCCAACUAUUCCCCAACCUCCCCAAGCUAUUCUCCAACAUCUCCAAUGUUAUCUCCAUCAGGAACCUAUGUUCCCUCGAGCGCUGCAUACUCUCCAACUUCACCAUCGUACUCUCCAACAAGCCCAUAUUCCCCGACUUCUCCCAGCUAUUCGCCCACUUCUCCGGCAUACUCUCCAACCAGUCCGUCAUAUUCACCCUCAAGUCCCUCAUACUCCCCGACGUCACCUUCGUAUUCCCCAACAUCACCCAGCUAUUCCCCCACUUCUCCAAACUACACCCCGGCAACACCAUCCUACUCUCCGACCAGCCCGAACUACUCCCCAAGCUCCCCGCACUACUCACCGACUUCGCCAAGCUAUUCCCCAUCCUCUCCAAAGUAUUCCCCAACAUCACCCAGCUACUCACCCACAUCCCCAUCGUACGGCGGCAGUCCACAAUACACACCCGGCAGUCCGCAGUACUCGCCGGCCAGUCCCAAGUACUCCCCAACAUCCCCGAGCUACUCGCCGAGCUCUCCCCAGCACUCACCCGGGGGCAGCAAUAACUUCAUGGUUAGCUCGCCAACAUAUUCACCCACGACGGCCCGCUACUCGCCCAACAUGUCAUCCUACUCGCCUGGCAGCCAGAAGUAUUCGCCCACGAGCCCGAUCUACACGCCGACGUCACCCCACUACUCCCCGUCGAGUCCGGCGUACUCGCCGAACGCCCAGGGCUAUAGUCCCUCCAGCCCGGCCAGUCCCACGUAUUCGCCAACAAGUCCUUCCUACGAGGACAGCCCCGACGAUUAGAGAAAUCUCCGUACAUUCGUCGAUGAGGGCUCCUAAUAGUAGCGGUGGAGUUCAGGAAAAGGCUAAUCCAAGAAUUAUUUUAUUCCUUUUUAUUGCAUACUGUACUCUAAGCUUAGUAAAAACUGGAAUGUGCAUUUUUCCAUUCGAUUGGUCCUGCUUGUUACGAACAAAUCUUCUCUCAAAUAUCGAUGAAUCCAUAAUAUGUCGAAGCAGUUGAUCGACGAAAAUGUUACGUAUAAUUAAAUAUUUAAAUUGGACCUACAUACAAUGGAAGAAGUCUUUCCGAAAGCCACGAUAGAUGGCGGUUUGUAGAUGCCCAAAGCACCCAUUGCUUUCAUGCUGUUAGAAAUAAAACGAAUAUUUCAUGAGUAAUAAUA